AUGCUAGGUGCAGAUUCUUUCCCCAUGUGGAAAGUAGAAGAGCGCCCGUGGAAGUGGUCUUUCGAACGCUUCAAGAGGUCGCCUCAAGUGAAGAAAUACAUCCAAGACAUGGUUCAUCAACAGCUUGAUGAAAAUGCAGAUGAGGAGGAACAGGCUCAGGUUAUCUAUCGGAUUGCCGUUUCCGCAUCAGAGGAAUUGAAGAAAGCGUGCGACAAAGCUCCUGCUUGUGAGGGCGAGGCAAGCACUAGCAAAGUUUAG